AUGCUCCUGGCUAUCGCGGCGGAAAACAUGAACUUGCAUCGACGAAUCGCCGUCGCUUUCGUGCGCUGGAUGGGUCACGAUCCGCGAUUGUAAGUUCAUGAGUAGGAGAUGUUGUUAAAAUCAAGCGUUAAGUAAACUUUUGCACCCUUUGCAUUAGUGUGAAUUCGCCGGUGAAGGUAACAUUGUCCGUUUACAUCUGGAAAACGUUGAGAGACCGGACCGUGUUUUAAUUGAUUCCCCUAAGAGGUCAUGCAUUGUGAAGGACAUUAAAUUACUGAGUGUCUUUGUUAGGAAGUUGGCAUGGUCGGUGAACAAAAACUUUAUUCGUCCGACUUUCUGCUCAAACCCAUCAUCAGAGACAACAUCAGACACGCGUAGUUCAUCCACAUGGGGCUGCGGUAUUUAUAGAAUGCAGUCACCAUGCUACCGCAUACCUAAGAAAAUUCACGGCUAACCCUCUCCCCCUUUAUCAGGGGUUGUUGAACUUGGUGGGAUUACUGUUCAGCGGCCGACAUUCGAGUCGGCAAUUUCAUCAAGUGAAACAAUCCCUGCUGGGGUGGGGGGGGGGGGUAACCGGGAAUUUCCAUAGGUAUGCGAUAACAUGGCGACUGCAUCUUAUAAAUACUGCAACCCCUUCCGCAUUAAACACCCGUAUCUCCUAUCACCUCUGAUGAUGGAUUCGAGCAGAAAUACGAAAUUUCAGGCGAAUAAAGCUGUUGUUCCAAUGAUCAUGUCUCCUUCUUUGCGGUUGCCUCCUAGAAUCCACUUCUCUGCUUCUAUUGACUGAAAUGUUUGUUGUUUUGAAGAAGGAGACACGUUCGCUGGAACAAGAGCUUUAUUCGCUUGACGUUUCGGAUUCCUACUUAAGCCCAUCAUCAGAGACAAUAGCAGAUACAGGUGGUUCAUGCACAAGGGACUGCAGCAUCUAUUGGAUGCAGUCGUUGUUUAUUAUGAUCGAAUAGCACCGCCAUGGAUUUUUGGCGUUACUCUUGUCUUGGCAACGUCCUGUCAGCCUUAAACGUGCUUGUCAUAAUAUCACCGGCACUGUGUUAAUCAAUAAGUUAUAUAUGAGAACAAACUUUCUUCUGACGGACACAGACGAUAAAAGAGCAAACGAUAAGUUUCGGUGAGGAAUUGAUUUUCCUACCAGGCCGUUUCCAAUAAUGACGAUAAGUCCUGGGGUAGCGUUAACGGUAGCUGUGGGAUGCCAACAAAGAAAUAUCAGUGAUACUUUCUAUAGGUGCCGAAUGUGAUUGUAGAUGUGUGCAUGCCGGCAGACGACACACAAACUUCCAUGAGGGACGAGUUUGCAGCACAAAUACUGUCGCCUAUGGGUAGAGAUCAUAAUGAAAGGGUCAGUUCAGUUUAAUUUGUAAGGAUAAUAGGCAAAGCCUUUGAAAACCCUAUUGAUUACGUGUCAGCUCGGUAGAAAUAACUGUACACGAACAGUGAAAAGAUUCGUUAUUAAAACGCUACUUGAUUCCUUUGAGUAGCAUUGUCAAAUAACGAUGCAUUACUAUGCAUGAUUGGAAAGGUGGUGGGUCACACGCACAUGUAUCCUGGUCAUAUAAGUCCAGGUUGCAGGACCUUUGUGUUCACAGACUCCUAAGGACAUGCGUGAACGCACACAAACUGUCAGCAGGCAACAUAUGCUGCCUAAUCACACCGCUCCACAUAUCGACGAGGAAAGUGGUUGACCCAUGACCGAACAAGCAGUAUGCAGGUCGGUUUAGUCGCAAAUAACCUACGCUAAAACAAGCCCUGCACUAUGAGCGAAUAGGAGAGAAUUAAGGGAAAGAACCCUGGCGAGGCUCCGUUUACUUAGCAUUUUGACAGUGGGACCGUCUUUGCCGACGAUGUCCACCGCGGGCUUCACAGCAAGGUGAGAGCAGGCACGGUGACUUGCACGUGCUUUCUUUCAUGGUGAUAGCGGACUUCCGUUGUGCCUGUCGCACCUUCCCCUCCCACACCUGAGACCGGUGUCAAGACACUGUCCAGAAGGCCGAAUCGGGAGUGUGCGCGGGUGGCUGGCGCGGCCGGGUCCGCGCCUAGGUGUGCCGCCACACUCAUUGGUCCACAGGAAAUACUUGACCAAGAUACUAGACAUUUUACUGAGUAAAGAUCUGCAUUAUCAGUUUGCAAAUGAGAAACAUACGAUCCCGAACUCUACAGUAAAUUUGCGCCGCAAUUUCACGGAUUCACAAAUUAAAAUUAAUGCCUGGAAUUUAAAACUUAACCUAGAUUUUCUGUCCACUCAUUGCCAAGUGACCAGCAUCGGGCAGAUUUGCCUUCAUAGUUCCGAGUAAAGACAUCGUUGACCAAUUUACCGACUGGUCUAUUUGUUGGCAGCCACCUAAGGGUCACCUAUGGCACCCACUGUCCCAAGUUAAAUACUUACGCGACGAAAGCUGUUCUGGAGGAGUCAAGAAAACGUCUAGGUAAACAAUUCGACCCUAAGCAACUUUGCAUGCUCGAUUUCGAGGUUGCUUAAUUUUAGUAGACCUUGCAGCUAUAUGUCUCUUUUACACAAAUACCUAACUGGCGUAUAAACUGGUGAGCCGGCGCCUCAAACGAAAUAGCCUAGCCAUUCAGUGGACAUCAGUGAAGAAAAUAACAGAGGCCUACCUUUGUGAAAAAAGACCAUUUUAGGACAGGCUAUACGCGCUCUGUUGCAAUUAGUUGAGCAGUUUUCAGCUUCCUUUCGAGGCUGAAGGGUCUUUAACAUGUGGGAUAUUAAGGAGGGGUUGUGUCACAUUUGCUACCAAACUGCGCUCAUCCAAAUGACUCUUGAUGUACCAUUGAUGAGGUUCCCACUAUUUCCCCACUUCUAGGCUGAUACUGAGUGUGAUGCUUCCAACCUGGUUCCUCUCAAUGUGGAUGAGCAAUACGGCCACAACGGUGAUGAUGGUUACCAUUGUGGAGGCGCUACUAACAAAACUCGACGAUGUCACUGCAGGUAAGUAGCAUUGUUAAAUGCUGACAACAGUCACUGCAAAAUAAGUUAUCUUUGUUCCUUACUGGAGAAUAGGCCCAGAUCUAUAAGUCUAUUUUCUUCCCCAUACAGCUCCACCAGAAGGAACAGACCCAAAAGAGGCAAAUGGGUAUGCCUCGAAUUACCUCUGACUUUUGAAAUAAUCUGAAAUCGCGUGACAAGAGUAAAAUGACUCCAUUUUGAUUUUAGCGAUGAGAGCAAAGGCCGGAAGCGUCUGAGACGCUUUGCGACAGGAAUCAGCUUGUCUGUCUGUUACGCUGCCAGUUGCGGUGGGAUCGCUACCUUGAUAGGUUCUCCGCCGAAUAUCAUCUUUUAUGGUCUUGCAGUCAGGUAAGAAGACUUUGGUGCCUCGGGAGUCUCCGCUUUUUACCCGUUUGGAACGACAGAGUUGAGUGCUGCUAGUGUUUGGUUGGGGUACAGUGGGGUUGAUGCUUUAUAGGAAGAGGUAUAAAUUAUGAUAUGACGUUGUUUGACGAGAUGACGUCAUUCCUUUCCUGAUUUCAGCCGAUAUGGAAGUGAGAUUCCGCUAAACUUCGGAUCGUGGAUGGCUUACGGAUUCCCCAUGUCUCUGCUCUGCCUAAUUUCUACUUGGAUUACCAUAUGCCUACUGUUCCUCGGACCCAAGUAAGUCUACAGACUAGGCAAAGUCCAGUGAAGAACUGAAAAUCAACAUACAUUUUUAGAGUUUCAAGAUCAAACUUACUUCUGUCUCAUAAAGGGCCUUCUUCAAAUGCGGUCGAUCUAAAAAGAGCAACCCUUUGGAUGACUUCCAGGAGGAAUUCUAUGAAGAUCCAGCCUCGGCAAAAAGCACCGACAAGCUGGAAGAACUAGAACGCGCCGCCGAGCAGGAAGACAAUGAAGAAAUCUCAUUCGACAUUGUCGCUAUCGUUAAAAAAAUUUCCGAAGAAGAACGGCGAGUCCUAGGUCCCAUGAAGUAAGUAAUCAGGGUGAAUGAGUGACUAAAGCUAGGUGGCCAACAUCAUGUUAAAGUAGUUUUCAUGUGUUGCUUGAUGUUUGGCACCCGCCUUCAGCCCGUGUUACAUUCAUUCGUGUUGCCCAAUCAACUUACAGUGGUCAUUUCUGUUCUAGGUUUGGUGAAAUAGCCUGCACGAUCUUAUUCCUAUUGCUGAUUGGCUUGUGGAUUACAAGGGAACCCGGUGUGCCCGGAUGGUCGCGUUUCAUGCCAGUUGGCAACGAUUCAAAUGGAAAAGUCGUGAGGUACGCUCAUUUUACCCCCGCUCAAUCAGUCUUUUAUUUGCACAAUAGCACAGACGAAUACAAGAGCCCCAAGGCAUUUUUAUUCCAGUUGUAUAUUUAAAAAAGCAUAUGCGACAGAAAUCUUCGUAUCUAUAUGCUUUGCGUUCCCUCAUAAACUGUGGCAUGUUACUCCAUAAUAUGAAUAGAGACUGGUCAAUGCACAGCAGCUUAAAUGUUCUCUCGAAUCCAGUUGGGAAAUUACAAGGCCCUCGUUCAGUGGACACAGGCCCUGCAAUGAUGUGGAGGCAUCUCUAUACACGAUUGCAUAAAGGAAAAGAACAGUAGGGCAAAAAUUGGCGUGGGGUUUAAAGAACUGGGAUUUACCACAUGGCAUCGUUAUUUGCGUAGGUACGGUUCAUCCCCCCAUAUGCAGUCUGCUUCCAAGUCUGCUUUACGCACAGGGAUGUCAGUUGAAAAUAUCAGUUUUAUCUAUACUGGAGAACGCGCCAAAAAGCCCACUGUUGCCACUGCGGAAAAGAAAGGUGUAUUCAUAAGAUUGCCUUUUGCAGGAGACGCAGAGAGCGAACUAGUCAGACGACGCAUAACUACAGCUAUCACGAGGGCAUUCCCCGCGGCGAAUUUACGCGUAUGCUUCACAAACUCUCACCUCCUACGUUUGGGGGGUAAAGACAGACUACCGUUGGAGGCCACAUCAAUGUGCAUUUAUUCAUUCACUUGCUCCUGUAUAGCAGGAUACAUCAGCCGCACAACGAGACGCCUGGUAAAGAGGGUGCGUGAACAUAUGCCCACCUGGCUAGACAGAGAUGAGACCCGGUCCAUUUCGAGUUCUAGUCUUGAACAUUUAAUCGAUACGAAUCACCGAGUCGAUACCAAGGAAGCAUUUCAGGUUGUCUACCGGACACCAACAUGCUUCUCUAAAGGCCUACGCCAACGGAUACUAGCAACGGCCGAGGCAGUAGCUAUACGGUUAUACUGUCAGAAAACCCUGACACAAGCGCUCUCUUUGCGGUGGCCAACGCCAACCCCAAGUGAUGACGACAUGCCGCCUCAAAUCCCUAAAUACAGUGAUGGGUACUCCGUGUACUCAACCCAAGAACAUCAUUCAAAGACUCUCUUACCCCCCUCCCCUAGCUCUGAGGACCAACACCCACCGACCUUGUCAUGCAGGCGGCGUGGGGAUGAUGAGUGUUAAUGACUUAAUAGCCCUUGAGACAUCUAUAAACACUGUUGAUUUUGUACAUUUUCAUUCCUUCAUGUAAUUACAUUGGCCUGACGAAGACUUACCGAAAACACGUGUUUACCAACUUGAAUUUUCAAGUGUAACAUGGGAACAUUUGCGGAACUUAUCUAUAAGUGACAGUUGCCAGUACCCCCACGUCCAGACUGGCCAAUCAGACGGUCCCUGGCCUAUCCUGAUAACAGACCAGUUCGGUGAAUGCAACCCACCCGAAGUUGUCAUUAUUCCUGAUCGCAGUCGCCGCUCGCCUGUCAGACCGCCGUUCUGACCGGGCAACUGAAGCGGGUUCAAAUUUGGGGUCAAGGUUUGGGUCAGUGGCGGAAAGUAAACACUAAACCAUCAUUAGACCUAUUUUUUAUUACUAGUUAGUCCUCGUCAAGCGACCUCCUGAGUCCACUCUAAGCUGGGAUUCCAAACUCAAUGUGCCACCCAGGAUCAUUGCUAUGGUUUAGUCAGAGUGGGCGACCCCACGUUGCUGUGACAUCAAAUGUUUGAUUUAGCCGGGGAAAAGUUAUCACAUUUUAAUAAAUGUUGCUAUUUCCUUGAAGGUACGUGGACGACACUCAACCAACCAUCCUCUUUGCCAUUUUGGCUUUCAUUGUCCCCGCCUCAAACCCCUUCCGUCUUCGUGCUGAUCCAGCUGAAACAGGCAAGUGA